GYUGUGCGUCGCGUUCUCACGGUGCCGGGCUCGUUACCGUGCACUGAUGUGCUGCUUCCGUCUUCCCAGAGCACCACCACCGAAUGCCCUUGCCCAGCCCUGUGUCAUUCCUUAAGAACCGCCAAAAAUGCCUUCAUUUUUGUUGCCUUUGGUGAAGUYCCUGAAGCAGAAUCCUUCUCAAAGCUCUGAGCACCAUAUUCCCUUGUAAACCGGRUCCUCCUCAUCCCGCCCUGUCCCAGGUGAGCGGGGUUCGCUCCGGCUCUCACCGGGAUGAGAUGGGAACACUCCGGGUUCAGCGCUGUGCCCGUCCCUCUGUGUGACAACUGAAACCUCCCGGUGCUCCCGCCCAGGGCCGAUUGGGUUACGGUGCCUGCCUGGAACUUGCCAGAGAAACCCGUCCAGGCGCGGCCGCCGCGCCACCGACCCUGAGGCUCCCAAACUGCUGGGAUGGUUUACCCAGCUCUGGGUCCCGCUGUGCCUCUGGCUGGAGCUCGGACAGCACAGUCGCAGCCAUGCCGRCAACCAACCAGGGCUGGCCCGAGUCCUUCGGGUUCCGGAUAAGCGGCUCGGGGCCGUGCUACAUCCUGUGGGUGCAGGAGGGCAGCAGCGCGGCGCUGGCGGGGCUGCGCCCGGGGGACGAAGUGCUGGAGAUCGAGGGACAGCCCGUGUCCUCCCUGGGCUGCGAGGCGCUGCUGGGGCUGGCYCGGCGCUGCGACAACGUCCCCCCGAGCAUCGGCGUGGUGUCCCGGCUGCAGCAUGCCAGCAUCCCCCCCGGACCCCGGGGGUGCUUCGGCUUCGAGCUGGCGAGCGAGAGCCCCCCACGCGUGGCCAGCGUGAGCCCCGAGUCGCCCGCGGCGGCCUGCGGGCUGGAGCCGGGCGAUUACGUGCUGGAAGUGGACGGGACGCCGGUGGUGCAGCCGGAGGCGGCGGCCGCGCUGGUGGGGUCGUGCCGCGGGCGGUCCCUGMGCCUGGCGCUGCUGCGGCCACAGCGCGGGGACACCGCGAGGGACACCGGCCCCGACUCCGYGCGCCGCGACAGGAAGCAGAAAGCGCAGGAGUUCAGCAGAAAGGUGGAUGCCAUCCUCGGGGACCAGCCGGAGCUGAAGGAGAAGGUGUUCUCAGUGCUGAAGCAGUACGCGGCCGAGAGGAGGGUGGAGUGCCUGGCCUACGCCCUGUGCAUGGCGCUCAGCCACGAGUCCCACCAGCACCUGAUCGACAGCAUCAGGAUUUUCAUCCCCAAGAAGCACCGGCAGCGCUUUGACGAGGUGGUGUCGCAGAGCCUCAUCAGCAAACUGUGCCGCUCCAAGAGCGAGCACAGCAACCGCCUGCGCCGCAGCCGCAGCGAGGACCAUCAGGAGCGGCUCCUGGUGUCCACCCGGGCCAGCUCCGUGCCCCGCAGCCACGAGGAGCUCAGCAAGAGCCUGCGCAAAACCACCUCGCUCGUCACCAGCAAUGUGGCCUCGGGGGCUGCCCGCAGAACCGUGCGAGUUUACAAAGGCAACAGGAGCUUUGGCUUCACACUCCGUGGCCAUGCCCCRGUGUGGAUCGAGUCUGUCCUGCCAGGGAGCCCGGCGGAGAAGGCUGCUCUCAAGGCUGGAGACAGGAUCCUGUUCCUCAACGGCCUGGACAUGAGGAACUGCUCCCAUGACAAGGUGGUGUCGAUGCUGCAGGGCAGYGGGGCCAUGCCCACCUUGGUGGUGGAAGAGGGCAUCGUCAACAUCUCCAAUGACUCUGACUCUGCUGARUCCCCGAGCAGCUCCUCGGCCCUCACCUCCCUGCAGUGGGUUGCAGAGAUUCUCCCCUCUAGCAUCAAGAUCCAAGGAAGGACGUUCACGCAGCAGCUGGAGCACCUGCUGACCCCGCCCGAGCGUUUCACCGUCUGCAAGGCGCUGGAGGGCUUCUUCCAACAUCGGAAUAUUGACACUCUCAUUGUGGAUGUGUACCCGGUGCUGGACACACCAGCCAAGCAAGUCCUCUGGCAGUUUAUCUACCAGCUGCUGACCUACGAGGAGCAGGAGCACUGCCAGCAAAAGAUUGACAGGUUUCUGGGGUACAAGGCUUUGGCAGCCGAGGCAGAAGCUGAGGAUCGGUACCGCAGCUCCGUCCGAGGGGCCUCCCUGUGCCGGGGCAGCCUCCGGACCCCCCGACCCGAGGAGGGGGCAGCAGGCAGCGACACCGUGGAGGUCCCCGUGCGCCUGAUCCCUGGAGAGAGACAGGCUGGCGACGGCACGUCCCUCCCGGAGACUCCCAACCCCAAAAUGAUGUCGGCUGUGUAUGCGGAGCUGGAGAACCGCCUGAUCGGCAACUUCGCGGGCAAGAUGGGCAACACUGCCCUGCACAGGACAUCGCCCCCGGCCACGGAGCUGCCACACGCUGCAGGUGUCCGCAAGCCGGGGCCGGGGCUGGCGUGGCCGAGCGAGCCGCUGGCGUCGCAGCAGUGCUACUACCGCCUGCACAGCAGCGUGGCCUCGCCGUGCAGCACCGAGUCCAACCCCUACGUGAGCCUGGACAGCAGCCCGGCGCCGUCGCCCAAACACCGCCAGUACUCGCCCCUGUCGCGGCGGAAGAAGCUCUUCACCUUCUCCAGGCCCCCGCGGAGCCGCGACACCGACCGCUUCCUGGACGCGCUGAGCGAGCAGCUGGGACACCGGGUCACCAUCGUGGAUGAUUUCCUCACCCCGGAGAAUGACUACGAGGAGAUGAGUUUCCAGGAUGACCAGGGCAGCUAUGUCACCAACGAUGUCAGCAGCAGCGAGUACAUCAGCAGCAGCGACGAGGGCAGCUCCCUGACCUACUCCACGCUCUCGGACCACAUCCCCCCUCCUCCGCUCAGCCCCCCGCCGCCCCCGCCGCCGCCGCCGCCGCCCCCCGUGCCCUGCGCUCCCCCGCUGCACCGGGGGCUGCUGCACCGCAGGAGCGAGUCCAACCACAUGAGCGUCAAGAGACUGCGCUGGGAGCAGGUGGAGAACUCGGAGGGCACCAUCUGGGGGCAGCUCGGGGAGGACUCGGAUUACGACAAGCUGAGUGAUAUGGUCAAAUACCUCGACCUGGAGCUGCACUUCGGGACUCAGAAGCCCACGAAGCCAACUCUCAUGCCUGAAAACUUUAAAAAGAAAGACGUGGUUGAAAUUUUGUCCCACAAAAAGGCCUACAACACAUCCAUCCUGAUCGCCCACCUGAAGCUGUCGCACAUCGAGCUGCGGCAGAUCCUGAUGACGAUGGAGACGGAUCGCCUGGAGCCGUCCCACAUCAAGCAGCUGCUGCUCUACGCCCCGGACGGGGAGGAGGUGCAGCGCUUCCAGAGCUACAAGGAGAACCCCGGCAAGCUGAGCGAGCCCGACCAGUUCGUGCUGCAGAUGCUGUCGGUGCCCGAGUACAAGAUCCGCCUGCGGAGUCUGCACUUCAAGACCACGCUGCAGGAGAAGACUGAGGAGAUCAAAGCCAGCUACGAGUGCAUCUGCAAGGCCUCUCUAGAGCUGAAGAGCAGCAAGAAGCUGGCAAAGAUCCUGGAGUUUGUGCUGGCCAUGGGAAACUACCUGAACAAUGGGCAGCCCAAGACCAGCAAAACAACGGGCUUUAAAAUCAACUUCCUCACYGAGCUGAACACCACCAAGACUGUUGAUGGGAAAUCCACCUUCCUGCACAUUCUUGCCAAAUCCCUCAGCCAACACUUCCCAGAGCUCCUGGGCUUUGCCAAGGAUCUUCCGACAGUGCCGCUCGCUGCCAAAGUGAACCAGAGGACACUGACAGCCGACCUGAAGGACCUGCACACCACGGUGAGUGACAUCCAGAUGGCCUGUCACAACAUGCCAGCCACCGCCGAGGACAGGUUUGCCAUCGUCAUGACCUCCUUCCUGGAGAGUGCCCAGCCUGCCAUGCGCUCCCUGGACGACCUGCAGCACAAAGCCAUGGACGAGUUCAGCAAGGUGUUGUCCUUCUUUGGGGAAGACUCAAAAAUGACAACUUCUGAAGCCUUCUUUGGCAUUUUUGCAGAAUUCAUGAGCAAGUUUGAGCGGGCUCUCAGCGACGUGCAGGUGGGCGAGAGCCAGCGCAGCCCCAGGAUGACCUCCCCGCUGGCCUGGUGACAGCCUGCGGCCACCUGAGCUGCGACAACUCAUUGCCAACAAAGUGCAAUUUGCUCCCGUCCARUCCGGUUGUAAAUACGCUGCUGCCACCUGCUACCGCCCAGCAGAGUCACGGCCAGAGGGCUCGGGGCAGCUGGGCCCUGAGAAGCCACCGCAGGUGACACAGGAUGACAUGAGGGUGACACGAAGGUAAACCCUGCACUGGUCCUGACAGCUUCUGCAGCCCCCGGCACUUCCAGCGGGUCACUGAGCCAAGGUUUGGCACCCACCUUGUAAAACCCUGCUGUCCUGUAUCCCAAACACCUGUCAUUGGCACUGGAGACCCUCCCCACAUCCCCAUGGCCACUACCUGAGCUUGGGGGCAGACACCACUCACUCCACCAGCCCAGGGGCCGGGGUGAGAGCCCAGCCAGAACCCCUGGGAAGGCAGAGCACUCAGCAGGGAAGGGAGCACGAGGGGAUGAGCAGCAGCGCUUGCUCCUCGAGGAGCUGAGCCCUCUGCAGUCCCUGUCAGAGCCCUUCUGCCCUGGGCAGAGCCCGUGGGGCUGCAGCUGCACCUGCACAGGCUGCACAGCGGGGCCGAGAUCACUGGAGGUGCCCCGGGAGCUUUAAUCCCCUUCCAUUGGCAGUGGCCAUGGAAAGCAACGGGGCCUUGCAGAACCCUCCUGGCACAUCCAUGUGGUCCCAAGGACGGAUCCUGCCCGGCUCACGGGUCCUUCCUGGCCGUCAGCUUCGCUUAAAGCUCUGCCAGAGGCUGACRGAUCUUGAAACCUUCCCAAGAGCGUAACAGCAUCAGCACGAGGUUAUUGCAACUCGCCAGCAGACAGAAGCCCUGAGCAUUCUGAUGCCUCCUUGGAAAGCACAGAAAGCCUAAAAACGAGCAGGAUCCCUCUGCAGCCCCGCAGAGACAGCGGGAAGCUCAUCCCCUGCAAUCCUGACAGUUCUUUACUGUCAGACUGGUUUUCAUGGUGAAUAUCCCCGGGAGCUCCAGCAGUGUGCACAGCCAUGUCCCAGCGUGCAGCUCCCUCUCUGCCCRUGCCUGGCUGUCCCCAACUGCCGGGAUCCCCGUGCUGUCCCUGGAACAGAGGAAUGGCACUCUGUGGCCAGUGUCCUGUGUCCCCAGCUCCCGGCAGCAGCCCCAGUGCGUGACUCUGAGCAUUUCCUCCGUGCAAAACGCUCCCGCCGCCCUCCAGAGCCGGCCCUGUCCCCCUGCCCAGCACACGCAGCGUAGGUCACCCCUGCAGCCAUUGCCAGAGCAAGGGCUCGUCCUGCUCAAGGACACACUCACCGACCGGUGCAUUAUUUAUGGGAGACCUUACGACCCUCGAAUCUCUGGGUUUUGGUAUUUUUUUUAAACCCUGCUGUAGAAAGUGAAGUAUAUUUUCACAAGUGUUCUCCGUUUAUACAGCUUUAAGUGCCAGGUAGUGGGUAGCCUUGUGUUUCCUGAGGUCCAGGACAGGACCACGCUCCCUCUGCUCCUCCUUCCCUUUUGGAUGUUGCACAUUGCGUUCCGUUGAUUUUUUUUUUCUUUUUUUUUAAACUUAAUCAAUAUUUAAACCACCGGAGGUUCUUUUGAAACUGUCCUGAGAGAAGAUGCUGUACAUAGAUUUUGCUACAUGUUGUAACUUUCUGAAAUAGUUAGAACUGCAAUCCCUUUGGUAUUUUUAUGUGAAUAUUUUCAAAGAACCAGAACUUCUGGUGACAUGAUUUGAUAACAGGACGAUGUAUAUUCAUGGUUCAGUCUCUACCCAAUGCCUAUGUGCUAUUCCUGAAAUAAAGCUACUGCCUUCUGCCUCCUGA